GCUAUCUAGUUUAUUAAUCUUUAUGUUGAUGUUGAAGAUAUUCACGAUCUUGAGCUUGAGCUUGAGUUUACAUUUUUGUGAUUUGUGAAAGUUUCCAGUUUCGAUCUUUCUGAAAUAUCAACAUGACUAAUUUUAGAUGGGCUGAUGUUUAAUAUCACCUCUGAAGUUCAAGAUAUUCGAUAUUUGAUGAUUAGAAUUUUGAAUUGCAUUAUUUUCUAUCUGAUAUGAAAUUGAAGUACAGUAUGAAUGAACCAAUGAACUUAUUUGCCCUCUACUCUCGCUCCGCUCGUGUAGCUGGCUCGACGAGGUUCUUCAAAUUUUCGGAAGAAUAUUAUGAUAGUUGUUGACGAGGUUGUUGAUGACUAGCACUUUAUUUGUUCACGACGUUCACGUGUAGAAUUGCAAAGAGAAGUCCAUACUGUAUAUAAUUUUUGAAAACAGUGGAACGUCAUCUCCUUUUCUUGUAUUUUUUAAUGCCUUGCUUUGCUUGUCAAGUUGGUCAACGAUUAUCGCACAACGAUCUAGCGUGUUGUGAUAUGUGAAGUAAUCAGUGAUUUGUUUUUCGUUUCGGACGUCAAUUUGAUAGAUUUUUCGUGAAAUUUUCAUAUGACAUGACAUUUUAAUUUCCACAAUGCCCCGAACAAUGGCCUCAACGUCCAGCUUUGAAGCCAAAGUUUUGAUGUCAAAAGGUAAAAGGGCCACUGCAGCAUAUAUUCAUGCUGACUGCUCCAAGGAGAGGAACCCCCAGCAUCUGAGUGAAGUGCUGGACAAUCUUCUGAACCCCCAAAAGGCAAUUGAUGAAUGGGAGACAAUAGAUUGGUGUAAAUGGCUUAUGGCCGGGGGUAGAACCCCUGAUGAGUUCACCAGCACUGUUCGAGCGUACGACAACGCGACCACGUGCGGCCUAGUGUGGACGCCGAACUUCGUCGCCUACAGAUGUCGCACCUGCGGCAUAUCGCCGUGCAUGUCGCUGUGCACGGAGUGCUUCAAGAAGGGCAACCACGCCAGGCACGACUUCAACAUGUUCCUGAGCCAGGCGGGGGGAGCUUGCGAUUGCGGCGAUACGUCCGUCAUGAAGGAGACCGGCUUUUGCGACCGGCACGGGCCGAACAAGAGCUCGGGCAAGGGCCAGGCGCCCGCCGACCUGAUGUGCGUCGGCGAGGCGAUGAUGCCGCGCAUCGUGCUGCGACUCGUGCAGCAUCUCAGAGAGCACAGCCGCCACGGCACGGCCGACUCGUACAAGCGCGCCGUCCAGGACGCCGACGCCUUCAUCGCCAUGCUGUUGGAUUUCAAUAACAUGGGCGGACUGAUGCGGAAGGUGAUCACGUCGGCGCUGACUAAUCCGCAGAAAUACCAGACGUUGAACGAAGUGCCCGACGAGCUCGACACCGAGUACGCGCAGUACCAGUUCGAGUCGCGGCGCACCUACGAGGAGGCGCUCAAGUCGCUGCCCAAUCCCGAACCGAUCGAGGACUACCGCGACUGCCCCUCGCUGCAGGAGCACCUCGUCCAUCGCACCUUUCUCGAGGAGCUCGUCUUCUGGACGGUCAAGUUCGAGUUUCCGCAGAAGAUCGUCUGUUUGUUGCUCAACAUGCUGCCCGAUCCCGACUACAAGGAGCCUCUCACCAGGGCGUUCGUUCUGCACUACAGCCGCAUCUCGAUGAUGCUAGAAAGGUCCGCCGAUCCCGACACGCUCAGCAACCGGGUGGUCCAUGUCAGCGUGCAGCUCUUCUCCAACGAGAGUUUGGCUCUGCGCAUGACCGAGCAAUUGAACUUGCUGCACGUGAUGGUGGUCAGUUUGAAGUACAUGAUGAGCAAGAUCUUGAUCAAGAAUACGUUGCACGAUAGCGAAGAUAACUUCCAUUACGUCGUUGAUUGUGGCAAGCCAGUGAUGAAAGACCAUUGCUAUUGGCCGCUGGUCUCCGAUCUGAACAACGUGCUGUCUCACAAGCCGGUGGCCCUCAAAUUCAUGGCCGACGAUGGGCUGCUCGAGAUGUGGUUCGCAUUUCUCGCAAUGUUUCAAGGCAUGAACGUGAACCAGCGCGAGCAGACGCAGCACAUCGAAUUCGAGCCGAACACCUACUAUGCGGCGUUCAGCGCUGAACUGGAGGCUAGCGCCUACCCGAUGUGGGCGCUCGUCUCGCAUCUGACGGACGAGAGCACCGCCCAUCUCACCAGGCGGGUGCUCGGCGUGUGCGUCAACGAACUCAGGGACUGGUUCGAGGCCAUCGCUUUCACUAGUCCAUCGGUGGACGAUAGUCUCCAAGUAUCUUUUCACCUGCCGUUACACAGAUAUUUGGCAGUUUUCAUCUGCCAAGCAGUUUCGAAGCAGGGUAUCAAGAUCAACGAAGUUUUGCCCUCCAACGAUUCUUUCAUAAACCUGCUGAUGAUGCAUCCGCUGAGAGUUCAGGUGGCAUUUUAUGAAAUUUUGAAUUCAUACUGGCUGAGGAACGGUCUUCAGAUAAAGGGUCAAGCGAUGACAUACAUCCAGUGCAACUUCUGCAACUCCAUGGUUGACGCCGAUCUAUAUUUGCUCCAGAUUUGCUCCACCAGGAUACCGGCAGACACUUUCAUGAAUACAAUCAUAGACAAAUUCCACAUUAAAGAAUGGUCUAGUUUGGCUGCUUAUCAGGGUCCUCAAUAUGCUUAUCUGGCGAGCGAGCGCGAUACUCCUAUGUUGCAAAGCUUCUUGACAUUUUUGGCAACGCUUAUCAGUGUGAGGACUAAUUUAGGACUCAGCGACACCGAACUGAACCGCCUCGAGAUGGUCACGCUGCUCUGCAUGGGCGACAAAACCCACUCGCAACUCAUGGAGCUGAUGCCGGAGCGAUGCGGCACCAGCCAAAGCCGGGACUUCGAGUCGCUGCUGGCCGAGGUGGCCGAUUACAGGGCGCCUGCGCUCGAGGCGAGUGGCAACAUGCAGCAGGGCAUGUACGCGCCCAAGGCGCAGGUGUGGGCAGACGCGUACGACCCGAUACACGUGCUGCUGCGCGCGGUACAUCGGAGGGACUUCCAGACGUCGAUGGACCGGUAUACGGCUUACGCCAAACAAGCGAACAAACUCAAGCCGGGCAUCAACCCGUGGCCGCCCUUCCGGACGCCCUCCGACGUCAGCGCCGCCUACGAGGAUCCGAGGCAUAUCCUCAAGUCGAGAGUGUUCCAUGCCGCCGCCCUGGUGGUGUUGUACAAGGCGUCGAAGGGGCACGUGUCCGAGCACGUGACGCCGCUGGUGGUGUUCCUGCUGGAGCAGGCGGUGUUGAUAUCGGCGCAGGACGACAACAAGGAUACGAAGAUGUGUUCAACAAGUCCUCCAUCUCAGGGUCCCCUGAACGAUAUGGAUAUGGCCAGUUGGUAUCCUGUCGAUUCUUUGUUCGACAAUUUGAAGACCGUGAUUGGACGAGUUGUAUUAACUCCCGAACCAGACUUCUCACCGAUAACGUACAGUUCAGACAGCGACCUCGACUGGGACACGUCCGAGCACGACACCGAGAUGGCCGAAGAGGCCCUCCUCAUGCUGGGCGAGGCCGCCUCGUCCUCCUCCUCCGGCUGGCGCCCCGACGGCGAACAGUCCGACAGCAGGGAGGUGAUGGUGUUCAGAGGCGCGCCCAGCGAGGCGAUGUCGAUCGCCGGAGAGGAGGAGGAGGAGGAGAGGGAGGAGGGGGAGCCGCUGGUGGAGACGCCGCCGGCGUUGGAGGCGGGAGCGAUGGCGUUGGCGUUGCCGGCGGUGGGCGGAAUGGAGGCGGGGGUGCCUAUGGAGGUGGACAAUGUGGUCAGCUUGGCGGUGGCCGGGGAUAAUGUCGAAACACCUAGCCCGACGGAAAUUCCCGCUCUACCUCCACCUGCCGUAAGGCCGGCCUUGAUAGCGGGUAACGAAGUCGGCAGGACCGUCGCGAAAAUCGUACCUGGCAGUGCUGGUACUUCCAAUCGAGAACUGGUACCUACUACAUCUCAAGGUCACAGGAAAGCCUCCUCGUCGAGACGGAAACAGGCAGUAGCGGGCACGAACAGUUACCCACCAACAGUGAAAGUCAAUGAGAGCAUAAUUUCCCUAUUGCUCAAAUUGCACUCGCAACUGUCAGGCAUACCUGACAGUUUCAAUGGGGACAACGAUGAGGAGUCUUCGUCCUCCACUUCGAGUGAAAGUCCUCUCGGAGAUGGCGCUUACUACAUUGGCAAACUGUUGACGAAAAUAUCCGAGGUGGAUAGCAGUUGUAAAAAAUGUAUUCAGGAGACGCGCCUGCAGCUGUGGCCGUCGCAAGAAACGAAGAAGCAGCGCGAGAACAAGGAGCGCGAAGAGCGCCGGCGUCGAGCCAAAGAGCGCCAGGACAAGCUGAUGCGCGAGUUCGCCGACAGACAGAAGGAGUUUAUGCGCCGCGCGAUGGAGACGAACGAGGAGGAGGGUGGUGGGGCGACUGGCGGCGCCGAGGCGGAGGAGGAGGAACCGAUGGCGAAGCAGCAGGAGUACGACUGCGUGAUAUGCAACAGGAGCACGCCGAGCACCGAGGACCAGCCGAUGGGACUGGUCGUGCUGAUGCAGGCCACAAGCGUUGUGGGUCAUAGGAGAAGAUGUGGGCAACCGGAAAUAUCUGUUUUACCUACCUGCGACGAAGAAAGAGAUUUCUUGAGCGAGGAUGAUACUUUAUCAGCAGAAUAUGAAAAAAGAUUGGAUACUCUUGGUAGAAAUUUCGAUCAACAAUCAUGGUUUCUGUCAGUGAAUAUCGGAUGGGACGGAGGAGUACAUUUACAGACUUGCGGUCACCAUCUACAUUUAGAUUGUUUACAUUUAUAUUUGAUGUCGCUUAGAUCGCAGCAACAACGGCAGCCUACUUUGUCACCAGAUAAGGGUGAAUAUUUGUGUCCUUUAUGUAGACAGUUGGCGAAUUCUGUAUUGCCUUUGUUGUCACAGUUAGGAGAUAAAACUUCUAUGGUGCGAUCGAGGAGUCAUGAAAGUAUGUCCGAAGUUUUGGACGAACUCACUAAUUUCCUUAGAGAAAAUGACCAAAGUCCUAGCGCUUCGAAGAUGGCGGAGGCGAUAGGUAAAGUGAUGGAUGACAUGUCGAGCAUAACGCGGCUAGAGCCCAUGUUCCUACCUAGGACUGACAAUUCGAUAGCACAAAGUCUGUUUCUGUUCGUCACCUCGAUAGCCAGGACGAAUCUGGAGGUGGAGCUGAUUCUGCGGGGAGGAUCUUUGGUCGUGCCGCCCAAUGAGCCCGUCAAUCAGCUGUUGCCCAAAAGGGAUUGUAUAGUUCCUUUGCUGCACGUGCUCGCCGUACACGCGCGCGUCACCCGCGAGCUGUCGACGUGGACGGCCUGGAUGACGUUCCAGCAGCUGUGCGGCCUGCAGCCGAACAACGCGUCGCCCGUCACCGCGCUGGCGCCCUGCGAACGGGAGGUGCCGCUGCUGCUGCGCGACCCGAUCGCCUUGCUGCUGCAGUUCGUGCUGCUGCUGCCGCUGCAUCUCGACCAAACGUAUUUCACCACCACCGUCCAGAUGGUGUACAACCUGCUGUACUACCAGGUGGUGGCCCAGAUAUCGUGCGGCAUGAGCAGCACGGAGCGCGCUCGGGCCGCCUCCGGCUCGACGGCCGGCCACAUCCGCAAUCUGUACGACUCGCUCGGCCUGAUCAACGAGCAUCUGGGCCAGACGGACCUGUACGGCGAGGACGAUGUGCAGAGCUGCAGCAGCGGCAGGCCGCAAGUCAACAUUCUCGCUCUCGAACAACAGGUGCAGAAGCUGUGCCUGCCCUUCCUGCGCAUCGCCGCCCUCCUGAAGCACCACCUCUACCGGCACGCGCUGCCCGACGUGCGAUCCGCCCAGAGCGAGUUCGUCCGGUUGGUCUACUACCUGGAGCUGGUCACCGAAUCGAUGGACUGGGGCAGCUUCAACGCCGCCGUGGCGCUCAACUGGCCCGUCGACCAGCCGGCCAUGGCGACGGAUUCGCCGCGGUCUUGGUGCCAGCAGCUGGCCGGGCAGGUGGCACGGAACGAGUUCGCCACCAGGGGGCUGCUACGGGAGCAGCACGCGACGUGGCACCGGCCGCGGUUGUUGCAGCUGCCCAGAGAGUACGAGAAGAUAUUCACGUACUACCACGAGCGGCCGUGCAAGCGCUGCCAAUCGGUCGCUUCGGAGACGAGCGUCUGUCUGCUGUGCGGCACGAUCGUCUGCCUGAAGCAGAACUGCUGCAAGCGUCGAAACGUGUGCGAGGCGGUGGCGCACGCGGCCGAAUGCGGCGCCGGCACCGGCGUCUUUCUGGUGGUGACGUCGACGUACAUCAUCGUGGUGCGGGGCACGAGGGCCUGUCUGUGGGGCUCGCUCUAUCUCGACGAUUUCGAGGAGGAGGAUAGGGAUUUGAAGAGGGGAAAACCGUUAUACUUAAGUAAAGGCAGAUAUCAAUUAUUGGAACAGCAAUGGUUGGCUCAUAGGUUCGAUCAUACGAAAAAGACGUGGGUGCACCAUCGAAACGCCCUCUAGGAAGCUUCAAAGCACUUUAUAGAUUUUUAUCGCAAUAUUCAAAUACCGUACUAUACCAAAUGGAUGGAUAAUCCGAAAUGUGUUCAUUUGAUAGAAUUUUAACUAGACGUCCUGUGUCCUGAACUUAUUAUCGAUUAAUGAUACUAAGUAUGCGAACAUGUACAGGGCGAUUAUGAAUUACACGAUACAAACACUAGAUACUUGAAAAGCUAAUAGACCGGCAGCUAGUGACAGAUUUUCGGACGUAAUUUCACCCAGUAUGCCUUUUGGAGGGUAUCAUUAUGUAUAUAUUUUGAUGUUGAGAAAUGAUACAUGAAAGAAUUCUACUGAUUCCACUCAAGCUGCCUGUGUUCCAAAAUGAAAUAUAAGUGAAUACAAAGAAAUAGGGGUUGCAUGAGCCCAAAAGGUAUUCACGGUCAGGUGUAGUUGCAUUUAAAAAAAACAUUGUUCCUCGUUUUCAAACAGGCUGCACGUUUAUGCUAUACAUAUCGUGGGUCAUCUCACGUAACGACGUAUCUCAUGAAAAUCGGAAUCUGAGAUACUUCGUCAAGUGAUUUAU